UCGGGGUCAAGGAGCAAACCGGGCACAAGAUGGCGGCGGUAGCGGCAGUGGCGGCGCGUAGGAGGCGGUCUUGGACAGGCUUGGUACUGGCGUGUUUAGGAGUCUGCUUGGGGAUUACCUUUGCUGUGGAUAGAAGCAACUUCAAGACCUGUGAAGAGAGUUCCUUCUGCAAGAGGCAGCGCAACAUACGGCCAGGACUUUCUCCAUAUCGUGCCUUGCUGGAGACUCUGCAGCUGGGUCCUGAUUCUCUUACAAUCCAUCUGAUCCAUGAGGUUACCAAGGUGUUGCUGGUGCUGGAGCUCCAGGGGCUUCAAAAGAACAUGACUCGGAUCAGAAUUGAUGAGCUGGAGCCCCGGCGGCCCCGAUACCGUGUACCAGAUGUUUUGGUGGCUGAUCCCCCUACAGCUCGGCUUUCUGUCUCUGGCCAUGAUGACAAUAGUGUUGAGCUAACAGUGGCUGAGGGACCCUACAAAAUCAUCUUGACAGCUCAGCCAUUCCGCCUUGACCUGUUAGAGGAUCGCAGUCUUCUGCUCAGUGUCAAUGCUCGAGGACUCAUGGAAUUUGAGCACCAGAGAGCCCCCAGGGUCCCUUUUUCGGAUAAAGUUAGUCUCACGCUCGGUAGCAUUUGGGAUAAGAUCAAGAGCCUUUUCUCUAGGCAAGGAUCAAAAGACCCAGCUGAGGGCGAUGGGGCCCAGCCUGAGGAAACGCCUGGGGAUGGUGACAAGCCAGAGGAGACCCAGGGGAAAGCAGAGAAAGAUGAGCCAGGAGCCUGGGAGGAGACAUUCAAAACUCACUCUGACAGCAAGCCAUAUGGCCCUACGUCUGUAGGUUUGGACUUCUCUCUGCCAGGCAUGGAGCAUGUAUAUGGGAUCCCUGAGCAUGGAGACAGCCUGAGGUUGAAGGUCACUGAGGGUGGUGAACCAUAUCGCCUAUACAACUUGGAUGUAUUCCAGUAUGAGCUGGAUAACCCCAUGGCCUUGUAUGGGUCUGUGCCUGUGCUCCUGGCACAUAACCCUCAUCGAGACUUGGGCAUCUUCUGGCUCAAUGCUGCUGAGACCUGGGUUGAUAUAUCCUCCAACACUGCAGGAAAGACUCUGUUUGGGAAGAUGCUUGACUACCUGCAGGGUUCGGGGGAGACCCCACAGACAGAUGUCCGUUGGAUGUCAGAGAGUGGUAUCAUUGAUGUCUUUCUUCUGCUUGGGCCUUCUGUCUUUGAUGUCUUCAGGCAGUAUGCUAGUCUCACAGGAACCCAGACAUUGCCCCCACUCUUCUCCCUCGGCUACCACCAGAGCCGUUGGAACUACCGAGAUGAGGCUGAUGUUCUGGAAGUGGAUCAGGGUUUUGAUGAUCACAACAUGCCCUGUGAUGUCAUCUGGCUUGAUAUUGAACAUGCUGAUGGCAAGCGGUACUUCACCUGGGACCCUAGCCGCUUCCCUCAGCCCCGCACCAUGCUUGAUCACUUGGCCUCCAAGAGGCGGAAGCUGGUGACCAUCGUGGACCCUCACAUCAAGGUGGACUCUGGCUAUCGUGUUCAUGAAGAGUUAAAGAACCAGGGCUUUUAUGUUAAAACCCGGGAUGGCUCUGACUAUGAGGGAUGGUGCUGGCCAGGCUCAGCUGGUUACCCUGAUUUCACUAAUCCCCUCAUGAGGGCCUGGUGGGCUAACAUGUUCAGCUUUGACAAUUACGAGGGCUCAGCUCCUAAUCUCUAUGUCUGGAAUGAUAUGAACGAACCAUCUGUUUUCAAUGGUCCUGAGGUCACCAUGCUCAAGGAUGCCCAGCAUUACGGGGGCUGGGAGCACCGAGACAUCCAUAACAUCUAUGGCUUCUAUGUGCACAUGGCCACUGCAAAUGGGUUAAUACAGCGUUCUGGUGGAAUAGAACGGCCCUUUGUUCUAAGCAGGGCUUUCUUCGCUGGCUCCCAGCGUUUUGGAGCCGUGUGGACAGGAGACAACAGUGCUGAGUGGGACCAUUUGAAGAUCACCAUUCCUAUGUGUCUCAACUUGGGGCUGGUGGGACUUUCCUUCUGUGGGGCGGAUGUGGGUGGCUUCUUCAAAAACCCAGAGCCAGAGCUACUUGUUCGCUGGUACCAGAUGGGUGCCUAUCAGCCAUUCUUCCGGGCUCAUGCUCACUUGGACACUGGGCGGCGGGAGCCGUGGCUCUUAACAACUCAGAACCAAGAUGUAAUCCGAGAUGCCUUAAACCAGCGAUAUUCUCUGCUGCCCUUCUGGUACACUAUCUUCUAUCAGGCCCAUCGAGAAGGGUUUCCUGUCAUGAGGCCCCUGUGGGUACAGUAUCCUCAGGAUGUGACCACCUUCAGUAUGGAUGAUCAAUUCCUACUCGGGGAUGCACUUCUGGUUCAUCCUGUAUCAGAUGCUGGGGCUCAUGGUGUACAGGUCUAUCUGCCUGGCCAAGGGGAGGUAUGGUACGACAGUCAAACCUAUCAGAAGUAUCACGGUCCUCAGACCCUGUACUUGCCUGUGACUCUAAGCAGUAUCCCUGUGUUUCAGCGUGGAGGAACAAUUGUGCCUCGAUGGAUGCGUGUGCGGCGCUCUUCAGACUGUAUGAAGGAUGACCCCAUCACUCUGUUUGUUGCACUCAGUCCCCAAGGUACAGCCCAAGGAGAGCUCUUUUUGGAUGAUGGGCACACAUUCAACUAUCAGACUCGCAAUGAGUUCCUGUUUCGCCGAUUCUCCUUCUCUGGCAACACUCUUGUCUCCAGCUCAGCAGACCCCAAAGGCCACCUUGAGACACCCGUCUGGAUUGAGCGAGUGGUGAUAAUAGGGGCUGGAAAGCCAGCAGCUGUGGUGCUCCAGACAAAAGGAUCUCCUGAAACCCGGUUAUCCUUCCAGCAUGACCCUGAGACUUCUGUGUUGAUCCUGCGUAAGCCUAGUGUCAACGUGGCAUCGGAUUGGAGUAUUCACCUCCGAUAACCCAAGGGAUAUCUUCUUGGUUGGGGAGAAGGGUGUGGUGGUGGUGAGAGUUAACCCUUCUGCCUUGAAGUUUGACCCUCCCCAGACUUUGCCCUAUUCCAAGACCCAGAUUCUUACCAACAUCUGGGUAGGAUGUCAGGACUGUCCUUGAGCUCCAAAUUUCUUUUGUGACCUCUUCAUUUCUGUUCUCUGACACCAAGCCUUCCCCUUCAUCCCGCAACAUCCUGUUGCUCUAACUGGAGCACACUCACUUGUGAAGACCUGAGAACUACAAGGUCCUUGCCUGCCCAUUUUCUCCUCCUUAGGGACCCUGACUUCCCCAGACCCUGUCCAUUCAUGUCACUUGUGUGUUGAUCCCAUUUCUUGGAAGAAGAUGAGGGCAGUGAACUUUAGUGUUCCUUUUCUCCUUCCUUCCCACCCCCACCUGCCAAACUGCCCUCCCUUGUUUUUUGUUUUUUCAUUCCCCUGGCUCUACUCUGCCAACUUUCCCCUUUCUCUGCCCCACUGAUACACUGGGACCACCCCUUACUAGUAAGGGAUGAAUGGAACAAGAGUGAGGUUGCUUCCCUCUCAUCCCAACCACCCUUUCCCUCCUCCCCACUUCUUUCCAGAGCUGCUGCAGUUCUGUGGGGGCAGCUCUAUCCCUAUCCCCUGGGAGAGAGACCAUUUCCACACCUCCUUAACUAAGAAGGGAUGGGUGUUAAACUUUUGCCCCCUUCUGGUCCCCUGGGGCAUUCAAGAUGAAGAAGUCAGUUGUGGUUUCAUUGAAUCACGGUCACCUGUAUUUAUUGCUGGGAGAAAGCUGAGGGUGGGGGGAGAUGAUCAUGUGUACCCAGGGUUGGCCAGAGCCCUGGGUGGGAGGUGGGUGGGGAAACUGGGGGAAUAUUUGUGGGAUUUUUUUUUUACUUCCUCUUGGCCCCCAGCUGUGACAGAUUUUGAUAAAAGGAGAAAUAAUAAAAAGAUAAACCAUAA